GUUGCACAACACCCAGGCACAUGAAAACAAACUCCGUUCCUUCCUCUUUUCUUCAUCCUCUUCCACGCCAUUCAGGGGAAGUGCUGAUUUUGUUUUGCUGGCUGAGAUUGGUGUUGCUGUUACUUUUUUUCUGAGCUCUUUCCAGGAAAGCUGUGCACUUGAAGGACAGACAACACUGCAAAGGUUUGGGCUCUUUGGGGGAGGAGGAGGCGAUAGGAGCAAGGGCAGGAGCUGCUCCAUCUCCUGGGGCCAGCAGGCAAACUGCAGCGUUAAGGGAGGGAUGGAGGAAAUGUCAAGCAACAAACAUUUUGUCAGUCUAUCUUUACAGGAUAGAAACUGCGUGGGGAACAUGCGUGGGAAGCACGGAGCUGGGGAAUGGGUGAAACCACAGCACAGAGGGCAGGUGGAGGGCUGGGGGAGCAGCUGACAUGGCAUUGGGCCUUCGGUGGCCAUCUGCCACCUGCCCACGCCGCACCCCAAACUGGCAGCGCUUGGAUGGAGUGUUGUGUUUGCCAAAGCACAGGAUGAGACUGUCAGGAUGGCUCAUCCCAUUCCUCCCUGCAGUCACCACACACAGAUGGCUGCAGCCAGGGACAGGUGGGGGGGUCAGGCGCUCUCCUGGGGUGCUGGGGAUGUCAAGAUGCUCAGAGCCCAUCUGGGAGGGCAGAGUUGGGCUUGGCAUGGGGUUCUGCAGGUACAGUGGGUCCUACUUGCAGCUCUGCAAUGGUGAUGGGUCAGCACGUGCGCUGCAUCUUUCUCCUUAGAAACAUCUCAUCCUGGGCUUCCCGUGGCAGCUGCUGUUCCCUGAGCUAGAGGUGUCCUGGUCUGCUGGUACCACCACAUGUUUUGUCCAGUAGCACUCUGUUCUUGGACUCUUACUGAUGACCCCAUUGAAUUUUCUUGCUUCUUGUACAGAUUCCAGGGUGGGCCACAUCUCACCAUACUGCUUUUCAUGGUGUCCCUAUUCCCUGCCUCCUGCAGGUGUGCUCCUGCAGUUAGUGAGCAAGCACCUUAAGAGAUGUGUGGUUCUUCCUUGCACCAUCUCUGUUACUGCAGGAGAAGCUAGCAGCUAUGGCUGUGUUAGCAGCUUCAUCCUCCUGCUAUUGGGACACUUUCUUGGUGUGGUGGUGGUGGCCCUGGAUAUUCUCAUUCUCCAUUCCGGGAGCACCCGGAAGCAUCUCAAUGCAAGAGAAGCAAAAAAUCAGGAGUCAGUGUGACUACUUCAACUUGGGUGCCUUAGCAAACGCCACCAGGAACUUCCCAGCCCAGUUUGGGAGCAUCUUGAGUGCAAAGCCUAAGGCAAAAUUGAAACUGCCAUCACUGUGCUUCAGCAGGUGAGCUGUCACUAUUGGGACAUUUAGCUGACUUGUUCCAUCCCAGCAUCACUGGUCAGAUCUUUCUCCUUGAGUGGUUGCCUCCAGCACAGCCCCUCCAAAUGCAUGUCAUGCUGGAUACCCUUGCUUGUUGAAAAUAGAACAAUGACCUCGAGUUUUCCUGUGAAAGUGUCUUGAGGGAGAACAAAUGGGAAGGACUCAAUUGGGCCAUCUGCUCCCCUCCCAUCCGGCUGUGCUGGGCCAGGCCCUGCGAUAAGGUUGGGUGAGGGCAGUGCGUGCCAGGAGGUUUGGCUGCUGAGAGGUGGGUUGGGGCUUUUCAAAUCCCAUCGGAACACGGACUGGUCUCAGGGUGUAGAAGUCAAUGCAACCUGUGGGCAGCUGCAGCCUUUCCAGCCUGCUGUCCUUGGGCAGCUUGGACUUCUGAAGCCCAUCCUGGCUGGGCUGUAGUGUGGGGCUCAGCAGGCAAGGCCAGGACCUGGAUUCUCCACGGCCAUUCUGAUCUCUGGAGCUGGGCAGAGCGUGCCUGGGAGGAACCCUUGCUCCUGGCUGGGUGUUUGUCUCUGAGGAGCCAGGUGCUUUCCUGCAGACAUCCCUGCUGUGCAGCAGAUACAUGAUACUGAAAGAUCUUCCCAGUUCAGCAGGGCAUGAGCCCAGCAGGACUUGUAGUUUGUGCUGGAGCUGUCAAGUCCUCGUGUUAUAUAUCUGGGCGUAGUGGAUCAUGUUUCUUCCAUGACCUCAGGUGCCCCGGUGUGUUUGCUUGUUUGGAUAGGAGUUAAGGUCAAGAGAAACAGCGGUGCUGUGCUCUUAUUUUGGGUUCAGCUUUGGUUCUGGGGUAAUUGCUGCAUGUCUUCGUGACUGAGGAUGGCCAGCCCUAGGUAGGAGCAUGUCAAACCCAGCCUAGGAGCUGGGUAGACCUGGCUGUGGUGAGGGGAGGAGUUAGCAGAGGCUGUGCUGAGUUACCUCUGCCUCUGUGGCUUUGUUGCCUCUUUUUUGGGAACAGAGAGCAAGACACCAUUAGCAGGGAUGGGAAUUUUCAUGUGCUUGCCCAUCCUGUGGUCCCACUCUGCAUGAUGACCAGGUGCAGCUGUCCCUGCACUGGGCAGAACAGAGAGAGAUGGUGCCCUGGGCUUGUUCUCAGCACUAUAUACCUCUUGGCACACAGGCUGGCCUCACGUGGGCUGGAGCUGCACUCAGCCAGCACCAGGACUCUGCCUUGCCCCUACCAGCCAUUGCAGGGGGCUGAGGUGUCCUCACCAUGCAGAGUCUGAACCCUGGGAUGAUGUACGUGUAAGGACCGCAGGGCCCCACUCUCUGCCCCUGGGCAUGACUUGGCUGGUGCUGAGGAUCAGGUUAGGUCUUGUGUCCAGGUGCAGGCAGCCCGGUUGCUGCAAUGUGCCUGUUCCUGCUCGGAGGGGAAUGUUGCUCACCUGCCUGGGGAGGCACAGGCACUCUCAUGGCUUUGCGCAGCCUGCCAAGCCUUAAUCUCUAUUGUUUGACAGCUGGCGUGCUGCUGACGUCAAUCCCAUGGCUCAGGGGGCUUUUUGGGGAGGAAUGGGCAAGUCUCCGCAUACACGUGCUUGCAGACGUACCAGAAAAACAUAGCACCGAAACCACAAAGGGAGAGGGAGGUGAAGAAGAAGACGGCACAAAGAGGGGAGGGCAGCACGAGGGCUGCUCCUGUACAGCAUGGCCCUGCCCUGCGAGCUGCUGGCUGACUCACAGCCAAGCCUACCCUGCUGGGUGGCAUCCCUGAUGGGGUGGAGAAUGCCACCAUACACCUUCAGCUUGCUGGGAAGUGCUGCUUGGUGCCUUCUGCCCAUGCCAAGGGUCAGCGUGUGUGUCCUGUCAGCAUGUCUUCUGCCUUUCUGGUCCUUUUCCAUCUCUUCCAUCCAGCUGAGGCUGCUGAUACUGGGAGCUGGAUGUUGGGUCAUUGCUGCCCUCCUGUUCUCGUCUGGAGGCCUAGGGCAGAGGUGUGGCUUUGUCCCUUCCUUUAUUAGAUAUCAUUAAAGAAACUGUUCUUCUCACAUGGGGUUGAACCAGCCCUGUACGUCACUGUCCUGCCUCAUGGGACUCUUUCAGGAUGUUCCCUAGAAGCCAUGCCCAGAUCACUGUUGGUGUUGGCCAGUGUGUGCCCUGCUCUACUGCUUUGCUCCCGUAGAAUAAGAUCUGCAAGCCAUGGGAGCACCACCCUGGCCAUCCUGCAGGCUGACCCCUCUUCCAUGCAUCAAAGGAUGAGAACAGUGAUCUGCAUUGCUGGUGCUGCUCCAGAGAAAGCAGAGCAUCCUUUGUGCAGGAGUGGUCCAGCUCCUCUGUGUCCGUCUCUCAAAACUUCACGGUUUGACUUUGGAGCCUGCAAAGGGUUCUCUGGGGGCUCUUGGUAUGGAGAUUGCUGCUUCCAGGCUGAGCCACUGGUGCUUCUUACAGACUUGUGACUUUAAAAACCACAUCCUGAUGGUAAUUGUUCUCCUGAGCUGGAAAUCCUGUCUGCUUUGCUGUGGGACUUCAGCUCCCAAGUGGCUUGCGGUCUUUGGUCAACGCAGUUGAGCUUUCCCGCAAGGGAAAUGACACUUGCCCUCUGCUCAGCAGCAGCCAGCCAGGGGCUGCUCGUGCUGCCGGCCAGAAGGACUCCUCUGACACGAUCCACUCCGCUCCCUGGGUUUGUAUUCUCAGCACAACCAUCUCUAGUGGCCUUCAAUAUUUCUCAUUCAAAAUAAGCAAUCCACGAGGACACGAAGGAGGAGGAAUCUAGGAGCCACCAUAAGUAGCUUUGAAAGGAAUUCUUUCCUUUCCUGGCUCAGCAAGCCACUUGGCUGAACCUGUCCCAAAGCCCAGCCUUUGUCAUACCUAGGAAGUGGAAACCCUUAAAGCCAUUUUGGCUCCAUGGGUAGAGCUGGAGCCCCACAGCUAAGGGGGUCAAAGGGCUAAGAGAAGUGGAAUCACAAAAUGAGUAAUUUUCUUUUCUUUUGCCUCCACCCCUUGACUGUGCGAAGGAAUACAAGCAGCCAUUUGAGCAAAUUCCUUAAUGCCUUGACUUGGGUUGCCUUUGCGUUAUGUUAGCACCACUGGCAUUGGUCUUUGUUCCUUCCUGACCACGUAUUUUUGAGGUCUUGUAAACUGAAAGUUGGAUGGUGUCCACCGGGGAAGAGUUUUAGCAAAGCAUUAGAGUUUUCAGCUAUUUCUUGGUUUGGAGGAGGGGAAAUAGGAGAGGUUGUGCCUCGGUGAGUUUUUCUGGAGGCAGCUGGAUUCCUCUGUGCAAUCAGUCAAAGGCCGUGCGUCAGCCCUCCCCCAGCAGAUGAGGCAUCCAGAAGCACGCAGGGAGUUCCUCUCGCCUGAAAUUCUGAUCUGGAGAGUUUGAGCUGUCUGAUGCCAGUUUUUGUUCAUGGAUGUAUAAAAUGCCAUUGAUCACUGAUGAAGCGCCUCGGUCCUUUGAAUGCGUUUCUUAAUAUUACAGGAAAAAAAAUAGCAUGCAAAGUCUCUAGCCCUAGGAAAGACAGCAUGAACCCACAGCAUCCUUUUGUUGUUGCGAUAUCUUCUGGCCCACGUGUUGACUCCUGAGGCCAGUGGCAUAAAGCUAAUAUUCAUCAGAAUUUCACUUCUCUCAUUCCCUGCCCACAACCAACCAGUUCCAAACCGCGGUACAGACACCGUGCCCAUGCCAGGCUUCCACGUGUGCUGAGCAGGAUGAGCGCUGUGUGCAGGAUGAGCUCCAGCUGACCAACCCCACCACCCCUUAUGACUGUUCAGAAAACAUUUCGUGGAAUUUAUCAGUGCAAUUAGCAGAUUAGAGGAAAUUACCGUAAGUGAGUGUGUCAGAAGCUCUCCCAAAAAGUGCAACGGAAGGAUUGUUUUGGCGGUUAUUCAUCUUCAGCACCACGCUGGCCUGCGAAUGUUGGCUAGGAGAUUUAGAGCAGAGGUGAUGUUUUCUUCCUAAAGACUGAUUAAAAACGUUCCUUUCUUCUGCAGACCUGACCUCAGUGCUGUAAUGAUAGCAGUGUUGGUAACUGGUGUGAGAUGGCAGGAAGAUGAUAAAUCUUGCACUCAUCUGAAGAGUCAGAGAAAGUUGGUGUGGGAAAACGAUCAACCGUGUCCAAAAGAUACAACCAGCCUCAUGGCCCAGGAGUGAAGUGUCAGGAAAGGGCGAGGCAGAUGGGUUCAAAACCAUGCAAGUGAAGAAUUGGUUGGUCUGGUUCUUUGUUUGUUUGUUUUAAUCUCUUUUCCUGGAUUUUCAGGCCGUGCUUAUGGUAUCUGUAAAUGUUGUCUUGGCACAGUGAUGAUGGAAAAGUUUCACUUUUCCUGACUGUAGUCUCAUGGGACCACCAAGUUGCCUGCAGGGGAACCAUGAAAGAUCAGCCCAGGUCCUCCUGCUUGUCCCACACUCCUUUCCAACAUGCUCUUCCCAAGAAGCCAGAGGCCACAGUGCUAUUCCCUGUUCUCUCCCCAGCUCUAGUGCUACUCAGCUGCUCUGGUUUGGUUUAUUUAGAUUUUGUCUUUGUUUUCUAUUCUGUCAGCUUGUCUCCUCUUGAAGGUCUGUGAGCUCUGUUGUCCUUCCAUCCCAUUAAGAAGUGGGAUCUUUGGAUUGUUUUCUCGGAUUCUCUUCUGAUACUGCCUGGGGCCUUGUAGGGUCUGAAUGUCUGGGGAGAUCCUGGACCAUCCCCUCUCCAAAAUACCCCCUAGCCUGGGUUUGAGCUGAGCAGUCUUGUCUUGAAGAUGGCUGUAGCAGUUGAUCACUUCCACCAUUGAGCAGCGUGAUCUUAGCAGGAUUUGGCUUUCUCUCAGAGUUUUGCUGGCAGGCACCAUCUCCCUUGUGGCCAGGGGCUGGUGGCACUGAGUUCCUCUUUGCUCAGCGAGGAGCUCAGUGUCAGCUUAAGAACUCCCUUGCCUUUUGAGGCUAUGGCCUCCUGAUAGGGCCCCAUUUGGAUUAGAGCCCCAGAGGUUGGCAUUCCGCUGUGUGGUUUCUGCAUCCAGCAGUGACGUGAUGGGGGUUGGAGGGCACACAGUGCCUUCAAGGGGGUCCUGGCCUCGUGCCUUGCAAGGAGGAGACCAUCUCAUCCUUCAGCAAUGCGAAUUGCUUCCGCCCUGGGGGAACCUUCAGUACUACCUCCAGCCCCAGUGCAUGGUUGCAAGUCAAUGCCAAAGUUUUGCAGAAGCUUAUCCAGCAGUCAAUAAGCGCAGAUGUUAAUAAGCUGAAAGACCUGGGAGCGGUAAUUAGCGAGAGGAAGAAGAGGAAAAGAGGGGGCAUGUUUUUCUCUUGCUCCAAGCAGCAGUUGAGAAAGACAAGGUUUUGCACGUGUACAGGUGCCAUUAUGGGGGAAGCCAGGGGGAAACAGCCUGGGGCCAUGCACGUCCUCAUCUUUCCUUCAAAGAGCUUAGCGUGUUUCAUCUGUACUUCAUGCCAUGCGACACCAAAACUCUUCAUUCCUCCUGUAAAAGCCAAUCGCCCCCCAGCAAUCCCCUUGACAGCACUGCAAAUGGCUCAGGAAUAGUUAAUCUCAAACUCAAGGUCAAGAAUGGGAAAGGGGAAGAGAGGGGCAGCAAACAGGAUCUGCCCUGUUUGCUGCCCAGAGCACCAGCUUGGCCCCACUACUGGGCAUAAUGGGGAGACCGGGGCAGCACUGGGGACAGCAGAGGAGGAAAGUAACAUACACAAACAUGGAUCCAUUGGAAAUUGGGCUGCUUAACCCUCCCAACACCAGAACAGCUUCUUUACUUCACAGGUAGGCAGCUUGCUUCUAAGAAAUGGCCUUUCCUGUAAACCGAGAUCGUCUGAUAAAUCUUAUUAAUUCAAUCAAAUGACUCCACCACGGCUUGUUUGCAUGUCUGCGUGCUUUUGGAGUGCUUUUUAAACACAGGUUGUCUUUUGGGGAGGAACUACCCUGUUCUUAAAAUACUUCCCCAAAUCCAGCAGCUUUCAGGAACAAAACAAAAGGCGAGGACGAAGCGAGAGCGGUAAAAACAUCACAUUUCUAUCUGAGUUUUGUCUGUUUAAAGAGGAUUCAACCCCAUGGAAGCAUUUCCUACCAGGAUCUGAUAACCUCUCUGGAUUUCCACUUGGCUGCCCGUCCCCUGGUGCUCAACUGUCGGGAAACACAGCACCACCGAAGCCCUGGGGGAUGGAUGGAGGCUGCACUCCUUGUUUGCCAGUGUCCUCACACCUCUUUCCAAAGCCCGUGAAACCUGGUGGGGAGGGAAUUCAAGGAUCAAAUUGGUUAAGCAGGCUCUUUGCCGUGAUAAGCCUUGAUGGGAAGCUCUAGUUCUAGAGUAACCAAUGUGAAAGCCUGUUACUAUAAGAAGUACUUUCUUCCUGCCUCUUAGUAGCCAGCUACAGGGUGUUCCCUGUGGAGCGCAAAUAUUUUCGUCAGGCUAAAUUACAUUUAAUUAGUUUUCAUUAAGGUGAUGCCAACUUGCCCCUUUAUUAGCUGCAUGGAAACUCACUUAACUUCUGAAGAAGCCUGAAAACAAUGAGGCAGGGAAAAUAUCCUACUAGCAUCACGCUCACUUCUAUCUGCUACAGAAAAGGAAGGGACCACCAGACUGCGUGGGCUGCGCAGUGACUUUCCUGUCUUGGCAAGGCAGGCUGCAGUGUGUUUAAAAUGAUCUGUCUCCAUGAUGUGUUUUAAUUUUCCCUCAAUUAAUAUAAGUAAAAGUAAAAAAUAGAAGGCUGGGAUUGCUUCCAGUCCUUUGCUUGCUGGUCUGGCUCUUUGGGGUGCAACUGUGGCCCAUGGCCACCGUGAUCACCGGCAGUGGAAGAGGUGAGUCCAGAGCCUGCUAAGACUAUAUGGGCGUUUCUUGCUCCUAUGUGUCCUCCUGGCCCCAACAUGCUUGGUGGGUGGGGGAAGGAUGGGGGGGGUGAUCCACUUGCAGUGCAGAGAGCAGACUGGUGUUAGUGGAUUUUUCUUCCAGAAGCUGAAAUUGGGCAACCCUCAAGCCGGGAGUGGAACGAGCAGUGAGAUGUGAUUGCCUGGUGUGCGAGGCAGCCAAAAUACACAGCGACAUCCCUAUCGCUUCAUCUCCCAUCAGGGGUGAACGCCUCUGCUCUCCCCUGUGUGCUCUCCAGCCUGCGUAACACUGACGUUGUGCUGGGCCAGCUGAGUAGGAUAUGGGCAGGAUCAGGCCAGACCGGGUCCAGAAUCACGUUCCUGGCCAGAGCCAGUGCUGGGAGGCAGGAGCAGGAAGUGCUGGUGUGGGAGAUGCUUCCACCUGCCUGGGAUCAGGGUGUCCCUCUGGGCUGUGGCGGCCACCAGAGGUCCCACUGGGGGACAAAGUGGGUGUCUGUGUCGGGCUGGCUGCACAGCCAGUGUGAACACAACCGUGGUGGCAAAUUCUGAUUCCUCACUUGUUCUAAUUCUGGGCCAUUGGUUUAUGUUUCAUUCCUUCCCUCGCUGAAACUGGGGCACUUCUUUCCAGUCUUCAGGCUUGCAUUGGUUUCUUUAAGUUCUGCCUUCGUGUUUGAAUUUCUGCAGUUCUCUGUUGUACUGGAGCCCAGCACGUUCUUAUUUACCUGGGGAAUAAAAGCGUGGGCAGGGGGUACCUCUUCAGACCUGUGUUUUCUUCCGUGUCAUGAAAAGGUGCCCCCUCCAUCAGUGUUGCAUCUAAUGGAAGUGCUGCAGAAAAUGGUGGCAUGGGAGACCCAGUGUGGAUGCCCUGUGCCCCAGGCCAGUGGGGUAAGGAGCUGGAAAAGGACUGGGUUUGCCAUAGUACAUUUUUCAAUGAAUGGGAACUUGCAUUUUAAAAGGACAUUAUCUCAUACAAGCUUUGAGCAAAUCAGACCACAGAGAAUUCUCCACACCUUACACCUGCAGCAUUGCUGUGCCAUCCCCAGCAGCACUUGCAAGCUCAAGCUGGGAAACGAUGCAUGGGGUCCUGCAGCAACCCUGGUGAUGCUGAGGCUGUGCCAAACUCUUCUCUUCUGAAGAUGGGGUUCCCGUGGCUGAUUCCUCUGGGGAAGAUGCUGGAUGCAGCAUGGUGAGUAGCAUAGCCUCUUAUAUUGGGUGAUGGAGGGGUGCGCUUUGGAACGAGGUAUCCUGGGCCAAUUUCCAACUGAGUAUAAAAACAGCAGGCUGUUUAUGGAAUGAUUUCUUGUGUUUCUAGUGCUGCUGGACUCUCUUGUGAAAUACCCUGGCUGAACCAAACCUGUGCUGAUACGAUGAGGGCUGGUUUGGGGGCUGCAGGUUGGAGGAGGCAGGGAAAGGCCAUGGGGUUGGUGCCUGGGGAGCAAUGUCUUCUGCAAGAGGGGGAAGAAGGGAGCAGGCAGCAGGACCAGGCAGUGCUGCUUGGGACUAACGAUGGGUCUAGUGUUGCAGGGGGUAGAAGCCUUUGCAUCUUCUCUGAGACUUUACCUGUCUGAAAAGGAAAGCCAUUAAAAGGUUGACUAACAUGGCCACCCUUGGGUCUUCCCAAAAUACCUCUUAGGGACAGCAGCGGUGCCAGGCCAGCAUGCUGAAUUCUAACCAGUGAUGGUUCCCAGCACAGGUCAAGAUUUGUCCAUCUGUGUCCUGCAGCUCUUUGCAGGCAGAUCUGUGUCCUGGAUCCCACCAGCCCCAAAGCUCAGCUGGGCAGCACUGGAGGCUGUGCUGGGCUCAGCCACGCGUGCAGAGUGUUGCAGGGCUGGACUGUGUUUGUGUGAGAGGCGUGGAGUGUGCAGCAAGCCAGCAGUGAGUCAGGGUCAGCACUGACCUUUUGGCUCCAACACUGCCCUGAAAAGUCACAGAGAGCAUCUGACAGGCCACGGACCUGUAGGAGCUGAUGUUUCUGCUGAAACAGAGAGGAGGGCAUUGAGGUGACCUCAUCUGUCCCCCAGCAACCUCUGCAGGAAUUGAUUUUUCCCUUAGUUCUCCAGGUGACUUAGGAACCCCUUCCUUCCUGCUACUUGGAGGGGCCAAGUGAGAUGCGUGCUGCUGUUGUGGAAGCAGAUGGGGACUGCUCAGUCCAACUUCUCACGGCAUCUUCCUCUUCCCCUCCUACUGUUGCUGCUCCCUUUGCCUCCAGACUGUGCUGCUCAUGGGACACCAAACCUCCUAGUAAGCCCAGGAAAGGAGAGGGGUUUCCCAGUGCUUUACGCCUCUGCUGGCAUCUGUAAAUGCCAAAGAGAGCAUCUUGGGUCCUUGGAAGACCCCAAACGCAAGGGCUCUGGGGAUGGGAGGAGAUAGCCUUGUAGUCUGAGUCAUGAUGGAAAGGAACUGUUACUGGGCUCCACCUAGCCCAACUAUGUUAACACUGCUCGGCGCUCGCUCUAGCAGGGGACAUGCUUGAAGCCCAGAGAUACCGCCUAUAAGCUGUGAGUCAGUCAUUGUCCGGAGAGUCUCCAAGGGACAGACAUCAUAACAGCUUCUUUCCUUGGCUGCCACCUCAGCAACUGCAUCCCGCAGCUGGCCUGGCUGCUGUUUCCCUGCUUUGUUUGCUUCCUCCUGGCUGCGGUGCGCUGCCGCUGGACGCCAAAGUGUCCAUGGUGCCUUUCAGUCUAUCACACCUAAAUUUAACUCGCUAUUUUUGUCUUUGCGGGCUCAUUGUGUCCUAUUUUAAAGUAGGAGCGAGUAGCCACGAAGGCGGGUGAGGAAAGGUGUUGUCUGUUAUGUGGUGCCGUGGAGGGAUGAUGGCUUUGUCUCCUGCAGUGGUUUCCCAAAGGGGAGGGAUGGCACAGGAGCUGUGACCCAUUCCUCAUCCCAUUUAGCUGCAGGGAGUGUUUCCAGUCAGGACACCCUCUCAGAAGUGUGCUGACUUGCAGACAAUGCAGACGGAUGCGCUUCAGGCAGCGGUUCCCAGAAGCAGCCUAACAUUUCUUAUUGGUGUGACCUGAACCAAAAGCGAAGCCAGGGGUCAAACAACAGGAACAGGCACUGAGGAAAUGAUCCCUGGCUGAAGUUUAUGCCCUUGCCAAAGAUAAGGAUAAUGUGCCAUUCGACAUGAGUCAGAGCUUUUCCUUUCUUGGCGCCUAGGGUGGCACACGGGUGUGGGGCUUCUGCUCAUCCCUCCGGUGUCCUGGAGGAGUGGAUCUGCAUGGAGGUGGACCCUCGUUGAGAGGACAGCUCUCCAGAAGGGCUGGCUUGGCAUCCCCCACUGACACAAUGCCACCAGCAAUGUGUGGAGGGCUCCACAACAGAUCUCAAGAAGUGCGCAAUUGUUUGUGCGGGUUCUCAUCAUCCUUACCAGGGAUUUCCUGGGCACUGACCAACCCCCCAUGAUGAGUAUGCUCUUCCUUAACAUCAGGUUCUUGAGGAGAGCUGAAGAAAGAAGGGGACUGCAGGAAUUCACAGUCCAAAAUGAUGACCAAGCCUUCCCUGUGAGGGCCUUGACUUCUGCCAUCCCACCCCUGUGGCGGUGGUUCUCCAUGGAAGACCAACAGCAUCUCCCACAUCUUUCCUUUUGCUCUGAAGGACAACAGGUAGCUUGCUCCUUGAGCAGUCAGCUUGCUCUUGACGCGAUUGCUCUUGGACAAUCAUCUGAGGGCCGCUAAUGUCCUGCAAAUUGCAUCUUUCACAUUUUGCAGCAUAUCCCCUUACGGUUCCUCAUGCCCUUGGCUCAGUGUUGGGAUGUUGGAGCUGGAGUGGGGCUGCUGUGCAGCCAGCCUGGCUCCUUUAGCUAACACAAAUCGUGGUUGUCAGGUGCAGUCUGGGAAAACAACAUUUCCAAUUCAAAACAGUGGAUUUCUGAGGUAGGAAAUUCCUGCCCCAUCAAGGACGCAGUAUCUAUCUUCACAGAAGGAUUUCUUUUUGGUUAGAGUAAUCCAUCGUGGCCAUUAGAGCAUCUUUCUUUGUUAACGUCUUGGUGUUGGGGUGAAGCUGAUCAGCCCAAAGGGGCAAAGACAUACUUGGUGAGAUAUCAGCCCAUUGUCUGAUAGUAUGUCUCUGAAGCACCACCAGUGAAGUGUAAAGGCAAUCUGUGGAUGUCAUCAGAGCUGACAGCUCUUUUCGGAGGACAUAUUUAUUUCUUGAUGCUCAGCUUCCAUGUUUACAUGUAGAUCAAUCACAGUUCUUCUUGGAGGAUCUAUAAAUAACACCGAGAGCAAAAAUAUGUUUUCCAGUGGGUUCUUCUUCUUUAAUCCAUGGUAUUAUGCAUGGUUUUCAGGAAAGACUCUUCUCAGGGGCAUCCACAGUCAUAGAAUGGUUGGGUUGGAAGAGACCUCACAGCCCAUCCAAUCCCAACCCCGGCCAUGGGCUGGGCUUUGCUCACCUAAAAGGGUAUUUUUGUGUUCUGUGCCAGCAUGGACGGUUCACCGUCACCCUAGGCAUGACUGUGGGACAGUUCUCUGUCCCGGGUGCCCCAUGCCAUGCUGAUGUCUGUGGGCUUCCCAGGUUCCCCCUGCCCAAGCAGGAGCAGCCAGGGAAGGAUGGAAACAGUGACCAAGCGAUUCCAAUGUGCUUCAGCAGAAACAAAACAUCGUUUCCAUCGGAAAGUAUUUCAAGGUGCUUCAGACUUCCAAGAUGAAACAAAAUCUUCCCUUGCAAAAAUGUCAGUUCCAGCCAUUGUUCCAGUUUGACUUGUGCGUUCCAAGGAAAACAAAUAGACUUUGACUUGCGAUGCCUCAUGUUGAGAUGGCCAAUUCAAACCAAGCCCUGUCUGCUACACCUUGAGCAUUAGGAGAGGAUCUUGUUGUGAUGGAAAACACUCUUGUUUUUAUUCCAGCCCUUCUGAACAGCACUUUCUGUACCACAGGCGCUGUGGAUCUCAUCCUGGCUCUAUGACAUCCAUAUCCUAUUCCCAGCUUGAGAGCUGCCAGCCCUCCCAGUGUCCGGCACUACAUGUAGCUGAGCGUUCCUCUUCAUCUGGGGCUUUUAGCUGCAAAAGUAAGCCCGUGUGAUGCUUCACUUGAGAAUGAGAAGGGCAUGUGGCAAUGGUUGGUCCGAGGAAAGCCACUCUGGUGGAUGGAUUGAGCAGCUGCAUUUGCAGCGGGAAAACACCAAGGAACCUCUGUGCCAGGGAACGGGGCUGCAGGUCAACAGCAAAGCCCUGCGAGAAGGAUGAGAGAGAGGGAGAAAGGGACAUCUCCAGAGGAGGAGGAGGGGAGUGUGAAGUUCUGAACUCCUUUGGACACGCGAUAAUGAGUUUGUCAAAACCAAUUCCAGCAGAGCUAUGAAAAACGUAUGUCAGCAGGACCGGUGACUGCCAAAUCCCAAACUCUUACUCAUGGCUGCUGCUUGCAUCCAGAACGAACGAUGAAAAUGGCCUUUCUGGCCUUGUUUCGGUUUGCUGCUUAUUGGAACUCAAGCUGGUUAUUCAGUGAACCGGCCCCAGCACCGUGACAGCCAAACAACACGUGCACGCUCACUCAGUAUCGCUCUGGCAGAGGGAAAUUCAGGACGUUUUGAACCAAACGAGGAGGUUUUAUGAAACUUCCAUGUAGCUGAAAGCAAAAGUUGGAAGAUUAUGCAACUCGGUUGGGUUGGCUGCCAUUGCUAUUGAAAAAGUCGCCCCUUCCAGAGGAAAGCAGACAAACAUCGCAGAGCUGUGGUUUAACUGUCCUUCCCACGGCUUCGGGAGGGAUGAAAGCAGAGCCCUGGCCAUUGCACAGUGCUUGGAUGGCUCCUGUCAGGUAAUGGGGUAGUUUUCAUUGCAGCUUUUUCUUGCUGAAUUUUUUAUUAAUUUUCAUUCAGAUGGUGUUGGCUGUGUGGGCGCACUGAGGUCUUUUAGAGGGGGCAGAGCAGCUAAUUAGAAUCAUUUCCAAGGUAAAAAGUCAAUGUACCCAAUGGCCUUUCAAGAAGGUGGAGAUUUGCAAUGGGACAUGGCGGGGUGGGCACGUGGCUGUCACCAGGAUGAAGGAAAAUCCUCCUCUCUGAGCCUUUGGGAUGCUGUUUCUCAGUGCUUUUCCUCUACAGUCUGAAAUACUCCCAGGACACAGCUGAGGGCUCCUGAGCCCAUUCCUACCCAGGCAUCCUGUUACCCUGGGUCUGUAGGUUUGUGGAUGAAGCAGGGUUUAGCAAAGCUACAAAAAUAUGAGGCUCUCUACAUUUAUUAGCCUUGCUUAGGGGCACUGUUCCUGACUUUUUAGUGACUGUGAAGCUCAUUGGCAGCAGGCAGUACUAAAUUACUGUCUCAUCAUGCUCUCUUGAAGCAGUGUCAAGGAAAUACAGCCCUUCUUUGAAUGGCAACAUCAGAUCCUUGUCUGCCUCCUCUAAUUGCUCUUACUACAGGAUACUGAUGCUUCAGAUUGUGAAUCCUUUGUGGCAGGGACUCUUUGUUCUGGGCUUGCAGAACACAUCCUGCAGCAAAGGCUCUGGCCCAACUACAAACACCUGGGUAUUUCGAGAGCCACACUCUGAGAGCACCAGCAGGGCAUGAAGGGCAUGGGGAUCUUGCUGCUGCGUGCUGGCCCCUGCUAUUGGCAGCACCCAGCUUGCUCAGAGCAAUGCACAUCACCUUCCAUCCUUGCAUUCAUUCCUGUUUAUUCAAGGUGAGUUUAUUCAGCCAUGUCAGAAUCUAGAGGGAAUUUUAAUUUCAGUGUCUUACCUCUUUCCUUCACCAACCUUAGAAUCAUAGAAUUUUUUGAGUUGGAAGGGACCCUCAAAAGGCCAUCUGGUCCAACCCCUGCAGUCAACAGGAACGCCUACAGCUCCAUCAGCUGCUCAGAGCCCUGCUGAGCCUGACCUUGGGUGUUUUCAGCAAUGGAACAUCCACCACCUCUCUGGACAACCUGUGCCAAAGCCUCGCUGUUCUUACUGUAAAAAACUUCCUUAUACCCAGUUUAAAUCUCCCAUCUUUUAAUUUGAAACCAUUUCUACUUACCCUAUCACAACAGAGUCUGUCCCUCAUCAAUACUUCUUCUCUGAAACAUGCUGAGCAAAAAGACUCUGAACAUUACACCUAAAGGAUGGCAUCCCCAAAGGGGGAGGUGGAAGGGGGGGGGGGACUAGAUGGCUGAAAUAGUCCAAUCACAACCUUCUGCUCCCUCACUGUGCUUCCAGAACAUGCUUUGCUUCUGCCACUGCCCUGCAGGCAUGUGGCUCAGUUGGGUGGGCUUUGUGCAGGAUGGAGAGCAGGGCUGAGAGAGUAGCUAAACGUGUGUUAUUCAUUCAAAUGUCCUCUUCUUUAAGUCAGCCACGGGAGAGCUGGUUUGGUGCUGACACACACUUCUGCUGGCACCUGCAGGCUCCAUCACUGCUUUCACCCAGCCCUGACCUCACUCCUAAUCCCCGGGUGGUGGCUGUGGGCUGAGCAGCGUCACCUCCUGCACUGGGGCCUGGCCAUCCCUUAUCCCCAGAGCUGCCAGCAUGCUGUCAGCCCCGGGGCAGGUUGGGCUGUGAAUUGGCCAAGCCUGCUCACCUGGUGGGGCUGAGCAUCCAUCUGACCGGUCUUUCUGCUCCAGAUCAAACACAACCUGCUGGGAAGUUAAACCCAGCCUCUCACGGUCUGUAAUUUCCAGUGAAACCUCAGGCAUGGCUGGGAGGACACGGGCUUUUCUCCCUCCUCUCUCUUGCAGAGCCUCCCAAGGGCAUCCCAUCAUGGCACGUCUCUCUCGGUGUCUCUGUCUUCACAUCCCCUUGCACCACUGACCAGAACAAAGAGCAGCACCUCUGCUUUCAGUACAAGUUUCCCUUGGGGUCAGGGUGAUCUGUGAAGUUGAGCGUUGGUGGGUACGUGUUGGUGUGUGAGGGCACACCAAAGCCCAGUGGGCAAAUUGAGAAGAAUGGGCUGUAGAUACAUGGGGGGGGGGGGGGGGGGGGGGGGCACUGGGGUGUGGCCUUCAGUCCAUACCAGAUGGAACACGGGUAGAAAAGCAGAGAUAUUCAGGGCUUUGCAUGAAAACAUCACCCCACGCUUGACAGAGAGAAAUCAGGUGGCUGAUGCAGGGAAAGAGAAAAGCUAUGGUCAAUCCAAAAGAGUUUGACCCAAUUUUUCCUGCAGAGAACACAGCUCUUGAGGCUCUGAUGCAAGCAAGGUGACCAUCCCGCAGUGGAUGAUGUACACGGGGUGGGGGGGGGGGGGGGAUGAAAAGCCCCACAGUGGCAGUGAGGUCUCCUCCCAGUUGAUGCCUUGGUCAGGCACUCCUCUGGCCCUGGGAAGCCAUCCCAAAGGCCAAGGAAGAAAACUGGCUCUGGGAGCUGCGUAAAAUGGACUGAAUCUGCCAGCACAGGGCUUCUCCUGCCAGGCCCUGGACAUCAGAAGUAUCGCCUAAUGAAGCACCAAGAUGAGGAUCUGGAGCCAAAUUCCCUCCCCUUCUCAGCGCCGUAAAUCACGGUCCUUCUGUGCACUCAUCAGCAGCCAGAGCCGUAACACUGGAAGAGAUAAAACACAGUGCAGAAUCCCCAAACAGAGGCACGAGCCCUGUUUUCUCCUAAGAGAAAGCCAAAAGGGGAUCACAGCUGGAAUUUCCCUUCCAGUGGGAUAGAGGCUGGGAGCCGUGAUGGUGCCCUGCUGCUGGGUGGGGGCUGAGCCCACAUCCUGUGCUCUCUGGGGGCAUCGUAGGGGGGUGGCCAUGACAGUAUCUCUCUGCUUGCAGGGGGAUGUGCCUGAGGUGGCUGUGGCAGCUGUAAGGUAAACGAGGUUCUUACACCAGAGAGAGCAUCAUGCAUCUGUGCAGGACAAACUGAAGUGCUGGAGCUGCUUGCCAGCAGAUCAGGCAUUCCUUGGAAAAUGGGCUUGGCAGCACGUGGGGCGAUAAGGAGGACGGGGCCGGAGCCCUCACACAGCCCAUCUGCUGGGGUGCACCAUGGGGGUCCAUCCCGAAGCCGCCAAGUCCCCAGUGGAUAUCCCCAAAAGCUCCAGCACCUGCUCCCGUGGUAUCUUCUGCAACAUCAAGGUGUUUGUGCUGUGCCAUGGCCUCCUCCAGCUGUCCCAGCUCCUCUACAGCGCCAACUUCAAGAGCAGCCUCACCACCAUUGAGAAGCGCUUCGGGCUCUCCAGUCUCUCAUCGGGUUUCAUCUCCAGCUUACAUGAGAUCGGCAAUGUGGUCCUCAUCAUCUUUGUCAGCUACUUCGGCAGCCGAGUGCACCGCCCACGGGUGAUUGGAGCUGGGGGGCUGCUGCUGGCACUGGGAGCCUUCCUGGUGACCCUGCCCCACUUCCUCUCAGACCCCUAUGAAUACACCACACUUAGUGCUGGUAACAAAAGCCAGGUCCAGCCUGAGCUCUGCUAUGCAGAGAACAAGUUUGUGUGCCCGAAUGCCACCCAGGACCCCCAGAAGGAGGCCAGCAGCAUAUGGGCAAUGAUGGUCAUUGCCCAGCUGUUGGCUGGAAUUGGGACCGUUCCCAUCCAGCCCUUUGGGAUCUCCUACGUGGAUGACUUUGCAGAAGCAAACAAUUCUCCGCUGUAUGUUGCCAUCCUCUUUGCCAUCGCGGUGUUCGGCCCUGCGUUUGGGUACCUGCUGGGCUCUGUGGUGCUGCGGCUCUUUGUGGACAUUGGCAGAGUUGACAUGGCAACGGUGACCCUGACCUCUCAGGACCAGCGGUGGAUCGGAGCCUGGUGGCUGGGGCUGCUGAUCUCCUCUGGCUGCUUGGUGCUCACGUCCAUUCCUUACUUCUUUUUCCCUCGGUACAUGCUGAAGGGAAAGGACCCAAGCUCAGAGGAUGGCAUGCUGAGGAAGAUGGAGAAGAGGGAAUUUGAAGAAACCUCCCUCCUGGAAUUUAUCAAAAGUUUCCCAAAGAUCUUCCUCAAGCUGCUCCUCAACCCCCUGUUUAUCCUCCUGGUGCUUGCUCAGUGCAGCUUCUCGUCUGUCAUUGCGGGUCUUUCCACCUUCCUCAACAAGUUCCUGGAGAAGCAGUACGGCGCUACUUCCUCUUAUGCCAACUUUCUCAUCGGAGCCAUCAACCUGCCAGCAGCAGCGCUUGGGAUGCUCUUAGGAGGAAUCAUCAUGAAACGCUUCGCCUUCUCCCUCCGGGCCAUCCCCCGGUUCUCCGUGGUGGUUCUGGUUUUCUCCAUUCUCAUCUGCCUGCCCAUUUUCUUCAUGGGCUGCUCCACAGGGCUCAUCGAUGGGAUCUACCCCUCCAGGACACUGAGUUCCCAGCCACAGGUUAAGGCUCCGAGCGGGUGCCACUGCUCCGAGCACAUCUUUCACCCGGUGUGUGGAGAAAACAAUGUGGAGUACAUCUCGCCCUGCUUCGCCGGCUGCACCAACAGCAGCACCGAUUCCUCAGCUCCCAGACAGGUGCAGAUCUACAGGAACUGUUCCCAGAUCUCUGCUGCCAGUGGGCUGUCCUCUGCCAAGACAGGCUCCUGUCCCUUCAGCUGCUCCCACAUGCUCCUCCCUGCCGUCUUCCUCAUCUCCUUUGCUGCCCUGGUGGCCUGCCUGUGUCACAACCCCCUCUACAUGAUGGUGUUACGGGUGGUGAACCAGGAUGAGAAGUCAUUUGCCAUUGGGGUCCAGUUCUUGCUGAUGAGGUUGCUGGCCUGGCUGCCGGCUCCAGCCAUGUUUGGUGCCCUCAUCGACUCCUCCUGCAUCUACUGGCAGAAACAGUGCUCACAGCGUCGCUUCUGCGCCUACUACAACAACGACUUCUUUCGCAACAGAUACCUGGGGCUGCAGAUGGGAUACAAAGUGGUGGGCACUAUCCUGCUUGCGCUCAUUGGCUGGAAGGUGAAGAGGAGCAAGGAGUACAACGUGCAGGAGAAGGCGGCCGGCCUGGUGUAACUGCACAAAGACUGACUGCACUUCCUUUCCCCACCACCAGCACUUUGCCAUUUGGGGAAUUUGGUUGAUUUCUCGUUCUUAUGUAAUGGAGCAACUUCAACAUAGCAGCUCCUCCCUCUCCUUGUGACAACCCAGCCUGGGGAGAGGGCAUCUCUGUGCUCCCAGGAAAAGGACAAACCCCACUGGUCCCAUCUUCGGAUGCAGCCUUGGACACACUGGGGACCAACUCCCCCAGGUGAGUCAUCCAAGACUCACCCAUUGCUUUGCACUCCCAGGAAGCAGAAGGCAGAUGGGGGCUGUGUUCUAGUUGGACCCACAUACAUGGAUGCAAGCACUGGUCCUGCUCCACUGUGACUCUUCCAGCCAGGUGAUGCCCUCCAGGCAGGAUAGGAGCAAGCAAGAUUGCUGCCCAGUCCUGGUGGCUUCCCUGUCUGCUCCCACCCAUCCCUCUUGCACAGGUCAGCGUGGACAUGAAGAGUCAUCACUUGUGGUUUAGUACAGAACAUUUUGGAAUGGGUUUGACAGUUGUGUUUUUUUUUUUAAUAAAGGUCAAUUUUCCACACAGUG